AUGUCUAAUUCCACUCUGAAAUUUGGUUUCCAAGAAGCACCACAUAUAUUGAGGGAAGGUGCUGCAAUCCUCAAUAAAGCCAAAGAAGCUGAGCAAAAUUUACAGGAAGAGAUUUCCAACUUCCUUCUUCAGACCCUUGCAGCAAUUCACAAUUUUAUCGGAUGGGCUUUUUGGAUGAUUCCAUGGACAAUUAUAUCCUUGUUCAAAACGUCGGUUGUCCUCCUAUCGUCAAUACCAUGGGCAAUUCUAUCCUUCCUUAUUGCACCUUUCCACCUUGUCUCGUCGAUUCCCAAAUAUAUUCAACUGCUGUUCAGGUUUACACUCAACCAAGCACUAGCAAGUAUUGGUUCUAUUGCAUUGGCUGUGUGGGAUUUUUUUAGCCUCAUGGUUCUCAGAACUAGCAAGUUUGGAAGAGGAAUUGAAGCACUCCGUAGUUUCUUUUUCUCUCCUCCCAUCUUCUCUAUUAUCCUGAUUAUUUUGAGCACUCUCGAGCCUGUACGAGACCUCUUCAGUACUCUCGGCAAUUUCUUUUACUCCAGCCCGUGGUCCGCAGCUUUUGUCUUCCUUUUCGUCUUCAAGUUCUUAAAGACAUUUGUCCACCUAUUCUCGUACAACUUCCUCUCUGCCUACAAAGUCCCGACACUCCACCCAUCUGUGUUGCCAAGCGAUGUUACGGUAAUCAUACCAAGCGUUGGAGAUUUUGGUGAGGAAUUUACAGAAACCGUUCUCAGCAUCCUCGAUAAUAACCCAGCCAAAAUCAUCAUUUCUACAGUCGGAACCCACAAGCUCAUACAAUCACGCAGAGUCAUCGAAGGAAUUUUGAGAAUACAGAGGCUGCCAGGUCGAAAAAUUGAAGUCGUAGCCAUCCAUCAACCCAACAAACGCGCACAAUGCGUCCACGCUUCCCUUACCGUUGCCACCGACAUCAUCGCCUAUGCCGACGACCAUGUCUUCUGGCCCCCUACUUUCCUCCGAAGUGUUCUCGCCGAAUUUGAAGACUUCAACGUAGGAAUUGUCGGGACCUGCAAACGCGUCAUCCGCCAGCCUGGAGACAAUUGGUCUGAUUCCAUCCGCAACUUCCUCGCCUGUCUCUACCUCGACCGUCACAAUUACGAAAUGACCUCGACCUACAAUCUCGACGGCGGCGUAUGGGUCAUCUCUGAAAGAACAAAUUUGAUCAGAACGGAUAUCGUCCAGUCGCUCGAAUACCGACAAAAAUAUCUCUCGGAGACCUUCUUGGGCGCCGGUCCCGUCAAUUGCGAUGAUGAUAACUUUACCACUCGAUACAUGGUAAAUCAUGGAUGGAAAACCGUCUUUCAUAAUCGUCCCGAGGCAAUGAUCCGAACAACACUAGGCACAACCGGCGGCUGGCUCAAGUUCUCUCAACAGCUUAUCCGCUGGGCCCCUUCCAUUUGGCGCUCGCACUCCAAGUCUCUCUUCGUCGAUGGAAGAUGCUGGAAAGAUUAUCCCUGGACCAGUUAUUCCAUGUUUUUCUCGAACUUGAUCAAUAUCUCCAUCAUCUACGAUCCUCUCCUCUUCCUCACACUCUUCAAUUCGGAAUUUUACACCGAUGAUAAUCAUGCUGGUGCAUAUUUAUUUUGGGCACUGUUUUUGAGUAGAUUGGUUAAACCAUGGCCUUAUUACAUGCGUCAUAAGACCGAGAUGUGGUGGGCUGUGCCAGUGGAGUUCCUUUUUGGUUAUAUUCAUGGGGCGUUUAGGUUGUUGGCGUUACUUACUUGUCGGGAUAUUUCUUCGGCAGGACGAGAUUUGGCGGCGAAUAUGGCGGCGGUGCGCUAG